AACGGGAUUUACAAAGACAGGAAGACCAUACUGUGGCUGCAAUGUGAGGUUGUUGGUAGGAGUAUGCUUAUAGUCGGGGGAAAGAGUGAAAGAAAACCUCUGGAGAAGCAAUGCAAGCACAGAUUUGGCUUCCAUCAUUGCAAAGUUCUGGCCGAUGCAGACUCUUGGACCCAUUCCAAAGGGGAGGAAAGCAUUGGGGUGAGUUGCAGCCAUGGA